GACGCGCGUUCCCGGGCUCGUGCCCGUCGGCGGCCUGGGCAAUCCGCGCCCACACACUCUUGCAGAGAUGGCAGGCGGAGAAGACCAGCGCGUCCUGGGCAUCCUCCACCUGCUGCUGCUGCUGGCGACCAUCCUGUCCCUGACAGCUGGGACUCGGAGUCCCGUCACCACUGCCUGGACGCAAGAGAAGAACCACCACCAACCGGCACAUCUGAAUUCCUCAUCUCUUCGGCAAGUUGCAGAAGGCACCAGUAUUUCCGAAAUGUGGCAGAACGACCUGAGGCCACUGCUGAUAGAACGAUACCCAGGAUCGGCCGGAAGCUACUCUGCUCGCCAGCACAUCAUGCAGCGAAUUCAGAGACUUCAGGCUGAGUGGGUUGUGGAAGUCGACACCUUCUUGAGUAAGACACCGUAUGGGUACCGGUCCUUCUCCAAUCUCAUCAGCACCCUUAACCCAGAAGCCAAACGACACUUGGUCCUCGCCUGCCACUAUGACUCCAAGUAUUUCCCUCAGUGGGACAGCAGAGUGUUUGUGGGAGCCACUGACUCAGCUGUGCCGUGCGCAAUGAUGCUGGAACUUGCUCGUGCCUUAGACAAGAAACUCCAUACCUUGAAGGAUGCCUCUGGGCCCCAGCGAGAUCUCUCACUCCGGCUCAUUUUCUUUGAUGGUGAAGAGGCUUUUCUCCACUGGUCUCCCCAAGACUCUCUGUAUGGGUCUCGGCACUUAGCCCAGAAGAUGGCAUCGAGCCCUCACCCUCCUGGAUCGAGAGGCACCAACCAACUGGACGGCAUGGAUCUGCUUGUCUUACUAGAUUUAAUUGGAGCUGCAAAUCCAACAUUUCCCAAUUUUUUCCCCAAGACUACCAGAUGGUUUAAUAGACUUCAAGCAAUUGAACAGGAACUCUAUGAAUUGGGUUUACUCAAGGACCAUUCUUUGGAGAGGAAGUAUUUCCAAAAUUUCGGUUAUGGAAACAUUAUCCAGGAUGACCACAUUCCAUUCUUAAGAAAAGGUGUUCCAGUUCUUCACCUGAUAGCUUCUCCCUUCCCUGAAGUCUGGCACACCAUGGAUGACAAUGAAGAAAACCUGAGCGAGGCAACCAUUGACAACCUAAACAAAAUCAUUCAAGUCUUUGUGCUGGAGUAUCUUCACUUGUAAUAUUUGAAUUUAGUUUGGGGUAGUUGUUUCUGUAUCAACUUCAAAAGUCAAUACGUUGCUUAAAUAAUCUGAUUCCAGAUAAAUGUUGUGUGUAAAAGUCUGUC